UUGGUUUCGUUGGUCGGUGCAAAGUGGUGUCCAGAAAAUCAAUGAACUUUUUGUGAAAAAUAGCAUUUCUACUCCGGUAAAAUUGUUUUCAGUUUGUGCAGGAGGUUUUGCAUCACCGAUCGGUUGUUAUUUUUGUGUGAAUGUUUAGUGGAUUAUUCCGCAACGGGAAGUUUUCUGUUCCGUACAGUUUACGUGUCAAACGGCGGUAGCAAUUUUUUGCGUUACAUUUUUGGAAGUCCUUUUCAUCUUGAUCCGGAUCGAUAAAUCGGCUGAAAUCCCAACAGCACACCUGCUAUUUGACGGUACGGACAACCUUCGAGAUGGUCGACUCGCAGGACCUAAAUCAGACCUACGACCAGAAUCAGCAGCCAGUUGACGAUUGUGAUGCUACCUUUCUGUCGCAGAUUCCGACUAACGACCUGAUGGACCUGGACAGUGACAUGAUGCUUCAGUUGGAGUCCUACCAGGAGGUGCUCAGACUAGACUCCGCUCCAUUGAUGGAGGAUUCUUGUGACCAGAAAAUUGAGCAGAAACCAUUGUUGGAGCUACCGUCGCCGGCUCUGUUGGACCACCUGAACAAGACUCCUACUUUGGACGAGCAUCACGAUCCGGUGUUCAACUUCAACGUGGACCUCAAUGGGGAAACAAGCGGCAAAUCCAGUUGGAUGUUCUCAUCCCGGCUGAACAAGGUCUUCGUCAAGAUGGGUCAGGCGUGUACGUUCAACAUCUCGUACCAGGCCUUGACCUACCAGGAGCUGUACGUGCGGGCGAUGCUGGUUUGCUCGACACCGGAAGACAUGCAUCAGCCGGUGUUCAGAUGCGAGAACCAUCGCUGCAGCGAUAGUAGCAAUAUGAAAUUGUCCGACGGGGUCAAAACGCACGUGAUGCGUUGUUUCAAUCCAUCCGCUCGGUACGUCGGCACCGAGCAAGGCGUCGCCUUCAAGGACCGCCUAGCGGUCAUCAUUCCCCUGGGAACGACCAUCAAGGAGCAGGCAGCGCUGAAUGUUUCGCUCGAGUUUGUCUGCCAAAAUUCCUGUCGAAUCAUCAACCGCAGGGCAACGGCAAUCAUUUUCACGCUGGAGGACGUCCAGGGGCAGAUUUAUGGCAAAAAGUCGCUGCAUUUGAAGGUGUGCAGCUGCCCGAAGCGAGACAAACAGAAGGAGGAGGAAAGUUUGGGUCCGGCCAAAAGGAAGAGCGACACACAGCUGCUGGCGCCACCGGGCAAGAAAGUCGCCAAGGUUGCCUCGGUUCAACGUCAUCCUAGUCAACAACAGCAGCGUCACACACCAUCGCCAACAAGCGGCAAGUUGGCCUUCAUCAAGAAGGAACUGUCGUUGGAUUCCGUCGGUAAGCCGGUCCAGAAGGCUCGAUCGAUUACACCGUCCAAUAGCCAGGAUGUGGUCGAGGGGACCGGUAUUCCGGUGACCUUACCCAUGCCCACGGUGGAGUUGGCUGACAAGGUGGCCGAGUACGCGUUUCAGGUCGUAGCCGCUGAGCUUAUCCGCAGCAGCGACAACAUAGAGCAGAAGAAGCUGGCCGCGUUCCUGACCAGCAUCCGACGAGUGCAGAAGAGUUUGUCUACCAGCCGGUCUGGCAACAGCAACACAUCAACGGACUCGGACUAGCAACGAAGGAUCAUCAGCUCUUUAAUAUUAGGCCAUAACCUACUUUUAUCUGUACCCAUUGACGGUAUCAAACCUAACAAAUUAUGCGCUAAGAUUAGCUAGUUGUGGGCGAAGAAGAAGGUGGUGCAUUUUUUCGCACCACUUCCUAGCCAUUUACUAACCCCAGAGUGAAGGCAAACGUAGAGUAGUUGGUACCUAGUAGCGUUCGCGGGAGAGUUUGAAAACUUUCUUCCCAGUGUCUUCCCCUAUACCUUAACAAAAAAUGAUUAUUUGUUAUGUCGAUCAAAAAAAAAAAAAACCGGUGUGAUCCCAAUUGUUAACCAUGUGCUAGAUCGUUUUCAAGUCGAAUCUAAAUGUCGAAUAAUCUCGUUGUUUCUUGUUCCUAUGAAAUUGCACGCUUCUUGUCUUUCUUUUUUGUCUGUUUAACUGCCAUGAUUUCGGUGCAAUUAUCGUCUAGCUCGGUGACUUGAUUGGCCAUUUGAUCGAUUUUUAUGACCGUCAAUUCUCCCUACCACGAUUUGUAAGCUUUUUCAUGGAUUUUUUUUAUCUUUCUCAAAUUGAUCCCUUAAAAUAUCUGGUCUGGGGAGAGUUGACUGCAUUAUGAUCAGUGUUCGGAAAAUCAUUCUCCCUGAGAGAAUAAACUCGCGUGCGAAUCUGGCAAACAAAUCUCACACUCACAACAACAACAAAUCAUUUCAGCUUGACACCGCUCAAACGUCAAUUGACAGCAUGCUCACCGCAGUAAUAACAAUGAAAAUUCAUCGGCGAUUUUUGCGUAGUUGAAUUUUGCAAGGCGAAUAAACUCACGCAAUAGAAUUGAGUUUUUCCGAACACUGAUUAUGAUUGUAAGAUUGUAAGCGACACGUGCGUACCUUAAGUUUUUUUCGUUUACUAAAUUAGGAGUCUAAGAUUUCAAAGCUAGGUUUAAUUUUCUAAAAACAAUAAAUCGUUACAAACAACAUAUUGCUAGAAGAGAAGCAGAAGGUGAUAA